GAGAGAGAGCCAAGCGAAAGAAGAAGUGGUGGGCGAUGAGGGUUGCUAUCGAAGGAUGUUCGCAUGGCGAGCUCGACCGCAUCUAUGCGUCAAUACACGCCCUCGAUGCUAAUGCCGGAAAGGCCACCGACGUCCUCAUCCUCUGCGGUGACGUCCAGACCCUUCGGAAUCGGGCCGACCUCGACUGCUUGGCCGUGCCUGCAAAGUACAAGCAACUGGGCGAUUUCCAUCGCUACUACAGCGGUCGAAGAAGGGCGCCCAUUCUGACCAUCAUGAUCGGCGGCAACCACGAGGCGUCUAAUUACCUCUGGGAACUAUAUCACGGCGGCUGGGUUGCACCGAACAUCUACUAUCUUGGUCCUGCAGGUUGCAUAGAGGUUGGAGGCCUGGUGAUUGCAGGCGCCAGUGGCAUCUACAAGUCUCACGAUUACUGGCUAGGUCGCUUCGAAAAGCUGCCGUAUAACCCGUCAACGGUUCGCUCCGUCUACCAUACCCGUCAAUACGAUGUUUUCAGGCUUAAGCUGCUUGCAGGCGGAGCGAGGAAACCAGAUGUUGUCGUGUCACACGACUGGCCAAAUACGAUUGAGCAGCACGGCGAUACAGGUUGGCUCAUCAAGAAGAAACCGUUCUUCAAAGAUGAGAUCAACACUUCAACAUUGGGCUCGCCCCCUCUUCUCGAUCUCCUCAAGGUGCUUCAGCCAAAGUAUUGGUUCUCUGCCCACCUCCACGUCCGAUUCGCUGCCUUGUUCAAGCACUCGGGUCAGCCAGCUCGCGUAACAAGAAAAGGCUCUGCUCCAGAAUCUUCGUCAGGUAAGGGUCCUGAUCAGCCCAACUCUGAGGAAAUCACGAUCGGAGACGACAAGGGCGCCAAUCAAGGUGUCGAUGGGACAGCUGUCGCUGAUACAAACCCCAAAAAUGAGGAGGAGAUGAAUAUUGAUCCCGAAGACGAAGAGGUGACUGCCGUCAAUGGGGAGGAAAUCGCAAUUGAGGACGAAGACGAUGGUGUCGAGGACGCACGGCCAAGAGCAGAGGAGACAGACGAAGAUCCCACACACGGUCCGAAUGGGGAUGCAGGACCUAUUUCACUCGAGACGGGCCUCGUUGAAGACAGCACCAGGUUUCUGGCUCUGAGUAAAUGCCUAGAAGGCCAGGACUUUCUGCAGAUCUUGGAGAUUGAGGCACCAUUCGACUCAAACGAGAGCUACAGAAUUGGUGUUCGAGAAGCGACAACGUCCGAGGAAGGUUUGAAGAUGCAACCAGCUCUGCGCUUUCAUCCCCGCUGGUUGGCCGUGACGCGGGCGACGCAUGAACAUCUCUCUCUAGAGAAGCACCAAAAGAAGCUGCCCAAUGUCGAUGCGACGCUUGAGGCGACAAUCAAGAAAGAAGAGAAGUGGAUUGAUCAAAACAUAUCUUCUUCUUCUGCUCUUGACGGAUCGCAAGAAGACGACGAUCAACACCCGUUGGCCGUACGGCGGACUCAAAGAUUUGAGAAGACGGCGCCACCGACGACAGAUCCAAAUGGCCUGAUUGAUCGGCCUCCACCAUGGUACACAAAUCCGCAGACCGAAGCGCUCUGUGCGCUGCUACAGCUGCCGAUGCUCAUCAAUGCCCCGCCACCCGCCGUUGAUGCUCCAGGCCAUCAAGAGCCCCUACCUCUGUCUGUUCCAACUUCGCUCCCGCGACCGCCGAUUCUCUCGGAAGAAGAAGAGGUUCGAAGAAUCGAGGAAGCCGCCAAGAGUGCCAUGGCUCGCAAGAAGAUGAAGAGCAGUGCAGAAGGCGACUCUCACGUUGUCGUGGACGAAGGCGGCCUCACGACGCUGAUGAGCGAGGACGAGGAAGCCACAACAAACUCGGCGAGAUGGAAGGAAGGGACGGGGUAGUGAGGUCCUUUUUCUCUAUUGCACAUCUGUUGCACUGUACCAAUACUAUACAAUUGUCACAACUUUCGGACAUGGCUCAACCUUCGAGAGCAAAGAGGAGGUUUUGUAGCGCCUCGCGAUCAUCGUGCCUGGCCUCACCGCUAGCCCUUGCUGCGAGCACCCCCAAUUGUUUCUGUAUUAGGUUGAGCGCACCGUCGAGCUUUAUAUCGAGACGUCGAACGAAGCCGAGCAGGCUCUCAUUGCUGUCGUGGUCGUCUUCAUCGAAGAAGGUGCUGAAGGUCGUGCUCAUCGUCGUCACGCCUCCUGCCGUCAGACCCUCUUCCCUCUGUACUUCGCCCAUGAUCUCUUCCUCUUCCUCCUCUUCCUCCUCAUCUUCAUCGUCCGCUGUGCCUGCCCUUCUGUUGCUCUUCUCGCCCUUGCUUCUCCUCCUCUCUCUUCUUCUCCUCCUUCUCUGUUUUCUCUCGCGCUCCUCGAC